AUGUCAGACCUUGAUGAGCCGAAAAAAUUCUUAGGCAUGACAAUCCAAAGAGAUAGAGAAACGAAAGCUAUGACUAUAUCUCAAGAAGAUUACAUCAAUAAAAUUUUAUUAAAAUUUGGCUUUGAAAAGGAUUUUCCUAAGAAUACUCCAAUGAUAACAAGGCAAGUAGCAAAUCAUGAACGACGUGCGCGAGAAGAAGACCAUAACGAACAUCAAAAAGACUGUACACUAAAUAUUCCAUACAGAGAAGCCAUAAGUAGUCUCUUGUAUUUGUCAGGUGCCACUCGUCCUGAUAUUGCAUAUGCAGUUAAUGUUCUCAGCAGACAUCAGCUCAGCCCGACUGAAAAUGAGUGGAACAUGGUGAAAAGAGUGUUUAUGUACUUGAAAGGGACUCAAUCAAUGGGCUUAAAUUAUUUAGGACCAAGGAAAGAUUUCCUAGCAUAUUCUGACGCCAGCUUUUCUGAUUGCAAAUCAUCGAUUUCGACAUGUGGUUUUUAUUCCACCCACAUUAAAUAG